UAGCGUUUAGUGAGUCGCAGAGCCCAACCAUGAUGGAUGGAUCCGACCAUCUUGACAAGUUGGACUUAGCGUCAAAGACGUCGUCCGACGUUGACUUGUCUACCGAUACAACGUUGAUUGUUGACAUUUCGGAUGCGCUGAGUGAGCAGGACAAGGUCAAAUUCACCGUCCACACGAAGACGACUCUUCCGUUUUUCAAGAAGAGCGAGUUCAACGUAGUUCGUUUGCACGAAGAGUUUGUGUGGCUGCACGAUCGCUAUUUGGAGAACGACGACUAUGCUGGCAUCUUGAUUCCUCCCUCGCCUCCACGUCCGAACUUUGACGAAUCCAGAGAGAAACUAGCGAAGCUGGGUCAAGCAGAAGGAACGAUGACGAAAUCGGAAUUUCAAAAGAUGAAAGUUGAGUUGGAAGCGGAGUACUUGGCUACGUUUAAGAAGACGGUCGCUAUGCAUGAGGUUUUUCUGUCUCGUCUGGCUUCUCACAGCACACUUAGGGCCGAUCCCAGCUUUAAAGUUUUCUUGGAGUAUGAGAAAGAGCUGAGUGUGAGAGGUAAGAACAAGAAAGAAAAGCUUGGUAGUCUGUGGAAAGAUCUCACUAAGAGUGUUGAUGAGGCUCUUAUUGGUGGACACAAGGACAGUGAUGAGUUUUUCGAGCAUGAGAGAGUUUUCUUGGUUGAAUAUAACAAAAGGGUUAAAGAAGCUGCUGUUAGAUGUGACAGAAUGGCAAAAUCUCAUAAGGUUGUUGCUAAUUGUCAUAUUGCAAUUUCAACACAUUUUGGUACCCUUGGCACCAGUGACACUCAGGGAUUAAGCAGGUUUAUGAACAAGCUGGCAGAAGUCUUUGACAGGAUUCGGAAAGUUGAAGGUCGUGUGUCAUCAGAUGAAGACCUGAAACUGGGUGAUUUACUUCGAUACUAUGAUAAUGACACAAAAGCUGCCAAAGAUCUUUUAUACAGACGAAUGCGCAGUUUAGUGAAUUUUGAAAAUUCCAACAAAGCUUUAGAGAAAGCUCGAACCAAAUCCAAGGAUGUUGAAGCGGCACAGAAGAACCAACAGAUAGCCAAAGAGAAGUUUGAUACUCUGUCUGAUAUUGGAAAGGAAGAACUCCAGGAAUUUAGAACCAGACGGUUGGCUGCUUUCAAGAAAGGCUUGGUUGAAUUGACUGAAUUGGAACUGAAGCAUGCGAAGGCACAACUGAAGCUCAUGACCGAAUUCCUAACAGCGUUCGGCAAGGACUGAUGACAGAGACAGCUUGGCGCUUAUUUGUUGCUUGAAUGGACUGUGUUAUGGGCUGUUGCGUCGUAUCUCUUAUCGUUUUGGUUAAUUUCAUACAUACUUACAUCGGA